CUCUCGCAACAGAUGCCUUGUAUAUUGGAGAAAGUCCUUUUUUAAUCAGAGCACCCCCUUGCCUAGCAGCUCCACAUCGGCCUCGGCCUCUUCGUCUUCCUCGAGAAUCCCAUCUAGCACCUCCUUCGUCGCCGACACUCCUGCCUCCCAGCUUCCCAUUGAGGGGACGCUGCCAUCACCACCCACUAUGGCCAAAUACCCUGUUGAUCCUACUCCCCACCUCCCUCCUGGCACCUCGGUUGUAGCUCCCAACCCGCACCGUCCUCAACGUGGAUACGUCGUUCUCAGUGGUGGCGUCCCCAUCAUCUGCGACGAAUGGGCCAUUGCUACCUUGGCGCCACCGGUGGAGAAUGAAGAGUAUGGAGACGCCUUGGAGAUCAUCCGCCACUUCCUCACGAAUCGCCGUCUUCCAGUCCGCUUCACCUCCCGCUGUGGGUCCUGCGUUUUGUUCCGCAAAAUAGAGGAAUCAACCAUAGAGAGGCAGUCUUUACUCAUGAUGUCUGGAUUAUGCUGCUUAACUAUCCGCUUGAAUGUUGGGACAUUGAAGCUGUGACUGAUGCUUUUGUUCCUUAUGGAA